UUAGUACAUGGCUGCAGAUGGCAAGGCGGGGCAAUCCCUGGUUGCCAUAGUGCUGACACCUCAAUCCUCCCGCCUACUUUGACUUGAAGAAAGCCUCCAGACUGCUCACACACUCAUUCUGCCACAGAGGAAGAAAGAGGAAGACAAGGAGUGGCUCUGUUGACCCCCCAACUACAUCAGAAAGGACCUGAGACAACAGCACUGGAUCUAAACCGUUGAGCGUUCCUGGAGUAGCUCUCUGAUGACCUCUGAGGAAAUUGCGCUUUAGUUACAAACUUUAGUGCAAAGAACGACAAUUUUAGGUGUUAGGAUUUUUGCCAUGUGUCAAAAGCUUCAAAGAAAAGAUGCCUUGAUCUAGCCUGUAAACUACACCCAAAGAAUUUAAACGGAGGAGGAAUUACUCUUCUAUUUACGUCUGAAUAAUAGAAGAAAUCUCAAAACGGAGGACCACGUGACCAAAAUGAACGUGUUUUCUUCUGACUUCACAGAUGGAGCUCAAGCAGAAACAAGUCCAGUCCCAGGUAAAGUCCUGUGUAAAGUGUGUUCUGAUUCGAGCAGCGGUAAACACUAUGGCAUCUAUGCUUGCAACGGCUGCAGCGGCUUCUUCAAGCGCAGUGUGAGGCGAAGACUCAUCUACAGAUGUCAGUCUGGAACUGGCAGGUGCCCCGUCGACAAGGCCCAUCGCAACCAAUGCCAAGCUUGCAGACUGAAGAAGUGUCUCCUCGCUGGGAUGAAGAAAGACGCCGUGCAGAAUGAGCGACAGCCUCGAAGCACGGCACACGUCAGUGUAAACUCUGUGGACGCAGACCCUAGAAAGGAGCACCUGGCCACCACACGGGAGAUCGCCUCCUCCGCCGCCGACUCAUCAGUCACCUGCACCGCCGCCGCCGCCGCCGUCCGGCCCUGCAGCAACCCCAACAACUACCACCGCUUCAUGGUCAGCCUGCUUACGGCGGAGACCUGCGCAAAGCUGGAGCCCGAGGAUGUGGAGGAAAAUAUUGACGUGACAACCGAUGAUUCGGAGCGGGAUCGGACUCCACCUGACUGCCGUCUGUCCCUGUACACCUCCGUCUGUCCAGAGAGUACAUAUGAGACUUCUGCACGACUCCUCUUUGUGGCCGUCAAGUGGGCGAAAAACCUGCCUGUUUUCGCUCACUUACCGUUUCGAGACCAGGUGAUUCUCCUCGAGGAAGCUUGGAGCGAGAUGUUCCUCCUGUGUACCAUCCAGUGGUCCCUGUCCAUGGAGAGGUGUCCUCUUCUAUCUCUACCAGAACUCUCUCCCACGCAGCAGGCCAAGAUCAGCCUCCCCACAGCUGACCUGCGCAUCCUGGAAGAGGUCUUUAAUCGCUUCAAGGUCUUGGCCGUUGACCCUACAGAGUUUGCCUGCCUGAAAGCCAUUGUACUGUUCAAGCCAGAGACACGCAGCCUCAAAGACCCCGAGCUGGUGGAGAACCUGCAGGACCAGUCACAGGUGCUGUUAGGUCAGCACGUCCAUUCACUAUACCCCGGGCAAAGUGCAAGGUUUGGGAGACUUUUGCUUCUGCUGCCAUCCCUCCACUUUGUGAGCUCUGAGAAAAUCGAGCGGCUGUUCUUCCACACAAGCAUUGGCAGCACGCCCAUGGAGAAGCUGCUGUGUGACAUGUUCAAAAGCUAAUACAACAACUAAAACAAGAACACAGGACAAGGCAAAUGACAACUGCUACGAACAGGCCAUCAACCAUUCGUCAAGCGAUGUGUUGUCUGGUUGUUUCACAUAUUGUGGUUAUGACUUCUUUCAAAUUCAACAAAUUAACAUUUUUUCAACGGCAUUCUUUUCCCACCGCCAAUCAAAAAGCCAGUUGAAAAAAAAAAUACUCGUUACAGUUUAUGGCAAUCUGACUAAAGCUACUACAGGAACUUCUCUUUUUGUGUUGAUUUUUGCAAUAUGGACAGUUGUGAUAGUGUUUGAAUAGUGAACCUCUCAACUUACUGUAGGUUCUGAUUCAAGGACGAUGCUUUAGACGUUGUGGCUGCAGGGCCGUCCAGAAGAAACAUCAGAUCUGUACACCAUGAGUAUUAAUGCCACUGCUACUGCUGAGGACAUCACCAAAUAGUAUCGAGCAAUAAGGCCUCGGCAGCGUGAUGUAAGUGUUGGCUCACAGCAAUCACAGGCAGGGAAACGAGGCAAAGCUCUGGUCCUGGCAGCAGGGAGACACUCCUGUGUUGCUGUGUAGCGCUGGGUCCAACUGAAGGUAGAUGGUGGCAGCAAAGCCGAAUCCGGGUCGGUUCGCGUGGGCCGGUUGUAACCGAAGGCCACGUUGGAGACUGAGCUGAAGGAGGAAAAGAGGACAGGCUUUAAGAGUAAAUAUAGAAAUAGCUGCUGCUGAUGUUCUUUGUUGUCAUACUCCAUGAAGUAGAGAGGGAGUGAACCCCAAGGUUGGCGGGUUCGGCCCCCGGCUGCUCCAUGUCCCAUGUUGAAGUGUCCCUGAGAAAGACACCCAACCCCUAACUGCAAAAAUGUAAAAAGCAUGGGUUAAUAAUGCAAUGUAAGUCGCUUUGGAUGAAAGCAUCAGCUAAAUGACCUGUAAUGUAAUAGAGAAGUAUCAGAAUUAAAUUGAGACAGUUUCAUGACCAGUUACAAGUUCUGUAUGGUAACUUUAAAUAAGCAUAGGGUACGGAUUUUGACCUGUGAUUAUUAGGUGAUUCUUUAGUAAAUAUUACAAUUUAGUUUGAUGGAAAAAGAGACCCUUUGUGUGGGAAGGGUGCUGAGUUGAAAGCAAAUUCAUUUUUACUGUGGUUUGGGAAAAUGAAGUUAUGUAUUUCUAAUGUUUUCAUCCAAAAUAAAUGAAGACAGUUUGUAUUUUAUUUGUUCA